GACAGUAGGAUCAUAUGAUCCAGCUCAAUACGGAAAAAAAAUCUCGCAAAGGGAAAGUGCGCUGUGACAUUCAAAGAAGAUCAUGGCUAACUUUUUCCUUAUUUUCAGUCUAACUGUUGGAAUCUUUUUUGGCAUUAUCGUGGCCUGGUACAAUAGUCAGGAAAUUCCAAAGGGAUUGCCCGACGAUCAGUUGAUGGGUCUACGAGUUUUCGGUACUGGUAUGGAUAUACUCCGCUUUCUGGCGUCUACAGCUUCAGAUAUUGGGAUCGGGGAGUCCGCAAUGGAAAAUACUAAUUUGGGACUUCAAUGGUUAUCAUCGAUGCUCCCUGAAAGUGACGAAUCAGAAAACCUCUUGGAAAUCUGGAAUGACAAGAUAGCCAACAUCCCUGUACGUUUUUAUAAACCAAAAAUUCAUGGCAGCAAAAGAACUACUGGUGUGGUUUACUUUCAUGGCGGUGGAUUUACUCUUGGAAGUGUUGAUCAGCAUCAUCCAUUUACUCUGCUGUUAGCUAAAGAGGCAAAUGUUGUACUGGUGUCUGUUGAAUACAGAUUAGCACCCAAACACACUUUCCCAACCCAGUUCCAUGACUGUUAUGUUGUUGUUAACACCUUACUGGCCACUGGAGAAAAAUAUGAUAUUGAUACAAACCGUAUUAUUGUUGCUGGAGACAGUGCUGGUGGUAAUCUAGCAGCUGCAGUUGCUCUCAAGCUUCGAGAUGAGGACAAACACCUGGCAGCUGAGAUUCUCAUCUACCCUACACUUCAGUUUAUGGACUUUUCACUUCCCUCAUUUCAAAACCAUGACUCUCGACUCUUGUCAUUGGAACAAUUAGCAGAGUACUGGUCAUAUUACAUGACAGGAACACCUAACAUGGUCUCAUCCUUUUUAGCAAACAAUCACUCCAGGCAUCUUCACAACACAAAGUACUCCUCUUACAUUGGGGUUGGUGAUAAGGGACAGCAAAAUAAAAAAAAGAAGCCAUUCGAUGGAAUUCCAGAGGUUGUUUUAAAUGGUCUGGUGGACUAUAGAGCAUCACCUUUAAUGGCUAAUAGUUUAAAGGGGCUUCCCAAGACAUUAAUUAUCACAUGUGAAUUUGAUAUCUUAAAGGAUGAUGGUCUGUUGUACAGGGCUCGUUUGUUGGAUGCCGGUGUCAAAGUGACCCAUUUAAACUACAUGAGCUACCAUCCUUUUUUGGCAGUUCAAGUGUCACCUUAUUUUGUAACAGAGGAGUUUAAUCAGGCAUUGAGAGAUAUAGUUGACUUUGUGAAAGGGGAGUAAAAAAAGUCAAAGUCCAUUUACAAAAAAUGUUAGGACAUCACAUACCAUUUGUCUUGAUUCACAUCUUGAACAAGUAUAACAAAGUAUAAAAGUCUGCUUAAAUUUUUAUUGGCAAACAAUUCUAGGGAAUUGUUUGAGAACAAGAACAUUGCUUUAUAUCCCAUAAAUCUUGAUUCAUCCACCCAAGAGAAACCUUAUCGACUCUAUAAAAAAAAGUUAGACAUCCACACAAGAGUAACCAUGGACCAGAUCAGCACUCAGGGUCUUAAAAUAACUUAGAAAAACAUGCUGCCUUUGCUAUAAUAUCUGCAAAUGGUUAGACAUUCUAGUCUUCUUGGAUAAGGACAAAAACUGAUGGCUCCAUCUCCUGCAUCUUCUCAAUACAGGUUAGCA